AUGGAGUUUCUGGUUAAAAGGGGUUGUGAGGCUGCUGAAGCAAAGGAAUGGGACACAUUUAGGGCUAUCUUGGCUCUAAGUAUAUAUGGCAUCGUGAUGUUCUCAGACAUUCCUAAUUUUGUUGACAUGAAUGCAAUUCAUAUAUUCAUCUUGCAGAAUCCGGUUCCCACACUCUUGGGGGAUGUUUAUCACUCCAUUCAUCACAAGAAUGGUCAGAAGGGAGGUAAGGGAGGUCUGGUUAGAUUCUGUGCUCCGUUGUUAUAUCGAUGGUUUAGGUCACAUCUGCCUGAACGUGGGGCAUUCGUUGAUAAUAGGCACACAUCUAAAUGGGCUGAAAGGAUUAUGGGGCUGAGGGCUAAAGAUAUUGUCUGGUACAAUAGCGCUUUGGAUGACAGAGAAGUUAUUAUGAGUUGCGGAAAGUUCAAAAACGUACCUCUCAUGGGUCUUAGGGGUGGAAUCAACUAUAACCCCGUCUUGGCCAGAAGAACAUUCGGAUAUGCUUUUAUUAGUCCACCUGAGCAAGCAGAGAUAGCUGAGAACAUUUUCUAUCAUGUGGCCACGAACAUUGGACAAAUGGCAGAAGCCGUGCAAGCCUGGAAGAGUAUUUGCUGGAGAGAUAAGAAACAUUUUGGUCAGCGAGAUUGUGCUACUUAUGAGGACUAUACUAAAUGGGUCGAAUCUGUGGUUGCUGUUCGAGGGAUGCCUUUCCCUCCCAAGGAUCCUUUGUACCCCCCUGCUGAGAAGAAGAUAAAGGAACAUUACGAGACUCAGUUGGCAGAUUUGACUAAAAGACUCCAGAUUCAGACUGAAAAUGCCAAUUCAGAGAAGACUCGUCGAAAGAAAGCAGACAAGCUCUUGUUGGAUCGCCAGAAUACCAUAGAGAAGUGUUAUGAAGAGAUCAGAAAGCUGAAAGGCCAGAUAAGAGAAAAAGACCAAGAUAAUGUCCAAGUUCAAGAGGAAGCUAGGUAUUGGGAGGUGAAGAAUCGCAACAUGGAAACAAUGCAUUUCAGAAAAGACCUGUUGAUUCAAGAGAUCAUUAAGAGGCCCACCCGUGCUGAGACCAAGAAGCUCUUUGAAGAAAUGAAGAUUUGGAGUGAUAAGCACAUUGGAGAUAGCCCUCUUCGCCAUUUGGACAUGGGAGAUCCUGCUUGA